AUAUGGAUGCAAUUUUAAGCCAGAGAUAUGCCAGCUGCAGGUUAAUCCUAGGGGUGUGAUAGGGGCAAUAGGGGUUAAUGCUCGUAAAAUGCUCGUUCUGUGGCACUACCACGCAUGUUGUGUGUAAUGGUUGGUUGUUGUAGUGGUUCUUUAUUCUAUGGUAGUGUCGUGUGUCGUGCUCCACCUGUUGCCUAGGUAGUUUUAAAAUGAGCUCGACGUCGCUUAGUAAACGUCUGAUAGUGAAAGACUCUAGAAAGAUUUUGCGUGCGAUAUUUCCUGUGCUUAAGGAGAAGACUGAAGAUAUCAAAGACAUUACUGAGAAGCUGAAGCUGGUAUUCAACCAUGAAUUGGACAUUCGACUUCAGGCCUAUGGUAUUAAUGUUGCUGCGAUUGGGCAUUUGGAGGCUUCUGCAAGAGGUGUGAUUGGUUACUCUGUGGGAGCAAGCAAAACUGCAUUACGGUGGCUGAGACUUUCCAACAGGCAGCAAACGGCAUCAGCGAACAUGAGGGACAAGAAAGGAGACCGAGACUAUCACAAGAAGUUUGUUGUCAAGGGAUGCUUUGGUAUUGAAACGAGCACUUAUAAUUCUCUGGGAGAAGUUGUUGGGAUAGCUCCAUAUGAUCACAUAACAGAAGAAAAGUUGAUGCAGAUGUUCCCACAGUUCCUUGGUCAAAUCAAACAGGCAGUCAGCCCUAUUGAUGGGCCUUUGCCUCAGUCGGAGAACCAGCCCAUACGAAACCAUGUUGCCGUCAUGGAGCAUCUGGCCAUUUGUCAUAGCAUCAGCUGUACUGCGCUUAAUCUGCCUCACUUUUCACUAGAAAUAGUGUGCGGGCCGGGCUUUUCACCUCGAGUAUUUGUGCACGACUUGGGAAAAGUAUUGGGUAGCUGUGCUCAUGUGACACACAUGGAGUUGACACAGUACGGUCCCUUCACACUUGAGCAUGCACUGCCAAGCUACAGAUGGACAUGGGAAGAAGCCAGAAUGACAUCUGAGAAGCUGCAUAGCCUCUGGUCUGCCCAUAUUGAAGAUGUUCGAAGGGAAAUGAAGGACAAAGCUGACCACUUCAAGAAUGUCGCGAGGUACUUUUAACACAAAUUGGAAAUUCACAGGCUUACAAUAAAUUAUGUUACACUGAUUUAUCAAAUGUACAGGUUUACAAUAGGGUUACACUGAUUUAUCUUCAGCAUGUAUUUUCUCUUUGCUCCCUUUAUUAGUCUUCAAAAAGAAGAGAGAGGGAAGAACAGGUAUGAAUACAAUUCACAUUUUGAGUUUAACGAAAGAUUUGGUAUCUUUCUUUGCAAAGAAAAUUGUGCUAACAAUGCAGAGCUUGCAAUCCCCUGCUAACUCAUAUUUGGCAUGUUGUAUGAGAAAUAUACAUUGCAAAUGAUCCAUUGCAAAUGUCUCUAGCCACCAUUUUUAUUUGCUUGAAAUCUUUUCAUGUCAUUGCCUCAUAACUGGGAUGAACAGAUGCCCAGGCAUUCCUGUGGCACACAAAAAAAUUACAGCAUUCAGACAUUUGCAGACUUGCAUACAUAGUGUGUAUAAUUUUACACACUGCUGUUUUGCUCAGAUUUGAUUGCAAGCACUAGUGACUUAAUAUAGUAAACUCUCUUUAAACAGAACAUCAAGAGAGCAGAGUUAAUUGGUUGCAUUUAUCAGGAGUUCUAUUUACUGAGAGACAAAGCUGAAUACAAUUGCAUGAAUACAAAACUAACCAACCAUGAGGAUAGUGUUACGUUUAAGUGGCACUUCCAUUUAAGCAAUUUCCAUUUAUUGAGGUUCCAUUGUACUUUCUAGCAAGCAUCCAUAAAUAUUUAGAGCCAAAUUAUGGGUACAUUGGAGUAAACUAUACCAGUUUCUGGGAUUUCCAAGUUUCACACUGUUUACUAAAGCAUUCUAAAAUUAUAACUGCAAGCGUUUUCUUUGGCAGACUUAGUAUUUCUACAGCAGUAUAUUCAGUGCAUGAAGGCACAUCACCUAAUUUAAUGACCCUUACUUGCAUGGAGAGCAUAACACAUAGGCUGAGUUGUUUAAGCAAGGCCAGCAGCCAGCAUAGGACAAUGUGAUCUUCAUGUUUAAAAAAUCUAUUGACAUAAAAUACAGUCAACUGUGUCAUUGCUGGUCCUGUUUUGUGGACAGACAAGGAAAGCUGUUAAAUUCAGGCUUUUUUAAAAGCAUUAACACAAGCCGAAUGACUGCUUCAGAAGUACUUCAGAAGUACUGCUUCAGAAGCGGUACUCUUUUGGCAUUGGUACCAGAGUAUUGCUAGACAAGCAGGGUGCUAAAUGAUUUGCCAUUGGCGUUGCUGUAAUUAAUGAGGUUGUGCCUUACUGGAAGCUUUUGUGCAUUGCAUGGUUGCUUUUUGUACAACAUGACUGCGCUCUGUGAAUGAAGGUGUGAGCACUGCAUGGUGAAACAAAUGAUGCAAAAUAAAUAACAAAAGGCUCACAGUUUCACAGCAAUUUUUUUUUUAGGUUUGUCUCUUGUCAGCUUAAUCGGUUUGUUGCAAGAAAGUUGUUCCACCAUUUUGUUUCAAGCAUCAAAAAUAAAGCAAUGUAAAAUCAGG